CACCACAUUGCUGCUCGCACUAGCAUACUGAGCCACUACGGCCCUCGAUAUGGACAGGCCCUAUCCUCCUCUUCUUCCCCUUGCUCUGCUCGCCCUCCUCUUCCUCUGUCUCCUCCACGGCGAGCGCGCCGCCGCCGCCGACGACGACCUCACCUCCGGCACCGGCGACGGCAGCGAGCUCUGGGGAUACGUCCAAGUUCGCCCGAAGGCGCACCUGUUCUGGUGGUACUACAAGAGCCCGCAGCGGGCGUCGUCGCCGGGGAAGCCAUGGCCGACCAUCCUCUGGCUUCAGGGCGGCCCGGGAGCGUCGGGCGUCGGGCUCGGCAACUUCCUGGAGGUCGGGCCGCUGGACGUCAACCUGAAGCCGCGCGACUCGACGUGGCUGCAGAAGGCCGACCUCAUCUUCGUGGACAACCCGGUGGGCGUCGGGUACAGCUACGCGGACGACCCGAGCGCGCUGGUGACGACGGACUGGCAGGCGGCCACGGACGCCACCGAGCUGCUCAGGGCGCUCGCCGCCAAGGAGAUACCCACCCUGCAGAGCAGCCCGCUGUUCCUCGUCGCCGAGUCCUACGGCGGCAAGUACGCCGCCACGCUCGGCGUCUCCCUCGCCCGGGCCAUCCGCGCCGGCGACCUCAAGCUCAACCUCGGCGGCGUGGCGCUCGGCGACAGCUGGAUCUCGCCGGAGGAUUUCACGCUCGCGUACACGCCGCUGCUGCUGGAGGUGUCGAGGCUGGACGACAACGCCGGCGACGAGGCCAGCAAGAUGGCGGCGACGGUGAAGGAGCAGAUCACGGCGGGGCAGCUUGCGGACUCGCAGCAGUCGUGGAUCGACCUGCUGGGUUUCAUCGACAAAAAGAGCGCCAGCGUCGACAUGUACAAUUUCUUGCUUGACUCCGGCAUGGACCCGGUGUCGGCAGACUUACCGGCGGCGAGCUCCUCAUCGCCGUCGUCAAGCAGUGCUCAGUUGAUGAAGUACUCAACAUACCUUAGCAGCCAAGCGGCCGAUUCAGGCUCCAACACGAUCGAGGGCAUCAUGAACGGUGUCAUCAAGGAAAAGCUCAAGAUCAUCCCCAACAACCUCAAGUGGCAGGAACUGUCGGAUCCGGUCUACAAUGCGCUGGUCAACGAUUUCAUGAAGCCAAGAAUCAACGAGAUCGAUGAGCUGCUGUCUUACGGUAUCAAUGUGACGGUCUACAAUGGUCAGCUUGAUGUAAUAUGCUCGACGAUCGGUGCAGAAGCAUGGGUGAAGAAGCUCAAAUGGGAUGGGCUGAAGAACUUCCUGAGCCUACCAAGGCAGCCUUUGAAGUGUGGCUCUUCCAAGGGCACCAAGGCGUUCGUCAGAUCAUACAAGAACCUGCAUUUCUACUGGAUACUUGGGGCUGGACACUUUGUACCUGCUGAUCAGCCCUGCAUUGCACUGAGCAUGAUCAGUAGCAUAACCCAGUCUCCAGCCAGUUAGAUAUCUCCCAUCAGUAACAGAUAUACUCAAGAAAAGAUAGAAAACAGAAGGCAAACAGAUAUACCUCACUCUCAAUUAGCAGAGUGACAUUGUACCGUUUCUUCAAAAAAAAAAAAGAAAAAAAAAAGCACACUUCAAGGCAAUGAAAUUGAUGAUAUAUAGAGAGAUUUUUUUUGCGUCCUUGGAAAAGAUGAUCAUAUGUAUCUAUCUAUCUAUUAUCUAUUAUAUACUAAAAGUCCAUUAAACUGGCUA